AUGCCCCCAGGCGGUCCUCCAAAGCGGCCAAGCGAAGCCGGGGACACUCCUCUCGACAAUGGCUUACAACCCAAGAUGAAGCUGCCCCGUCUUGAGCGCAGUACAGAAGACUUUUCGAGUGUUGUCAAGAGCAAGCUCUCACAAUACACGCGGACUGGUCAGGCUUGUGACAGGUGCAAGGUCCGAAAAAUCCGCUGCGAUGCCUCCCCUGCGGGCUGCUCCCAUUGCGCGAGCCAAAAUAUCGAAUGCGUCGUAACAGACCGUGUAACAGGCCGUACCGAACGUCGAGGCUAUACCCAACAACUCGAAGCCAGGGUGAGGGACCUCGAAAGAGUGCUGGCCGACCAUAAAAUCGAAAUCCGGCCGUGGGAAGGGUCAAACGCUAAUAGAAACCCCCACCCUCCGGGUGUCACCCUGGAUGCCAUGGGGAAUCCCAUCCACGAUCCCACUUCCCAAGGCGAAUGGCAGCAACAAGGCUCGGUGUGGUAUAGAAAAAGCAGGCGAGGGUCACAGAGCACACCAGGGUGUUAUACGAGAUGUUCGCUCUUGGAAUCGAGGCCGACAGAGAGCUACCUAGGCGUUACAUUUAAGGGCACCACCCUUUCGGUUCUUGGAACUACCAUUGAGAUCACUUCGUUUGACGAUCCUGACCCAGACAUGGAUGAGCCUUCGCCAAAUACUCCCAUCGGAUCACCGUUGUACAACAAAUCGGUCACGGCCUUUUAUCAGUCCUUAGUCAGGAUAAACCCGCCAAUGGAACAUUGCGACCUCCCCUCGAGACACGACGCCUUUACAUAUGCCGAGUGGUACUUCCUCACCAUAUACCCGUACAUGCCACUAGUCCACAGGCCUUCGUUUAUGCAGCUCUUGACUCGCAUCUAUGAUGAUCCGGGCUUUAAAGCAACAGUACCCGAACUCGUACUGGUCCGCAUGAUGAUAUCAAGCAUGUACUUCCAGUACGGUAUCAGGAACCAUCGCGAAAAGCCAGAGGACCAUGCGCAGCUGAAUGAUCUUUCCAACAAGCACUACCAUUGGUGUUUGAGUAAGUUCUUCGAACUUGCCGUUUCUCAGACGGUUACCGCGGUCCAGGCUUUGGCCAUGCUGGCGUCUCACACCCGCAAUUUUCCCAAACCAGGAUGUUCCUUCACCAUUGCCAACUUUGCCAUGAUGAAGGCCAUUGAACUCAACUUCCAUCGGAGCAACAAGAUACCGAAUGGGCGCACAACUCUUGAAAACGAAUUGCGCAAAAGGGUGUGGUGGUCCAUCCUGGGUAUCAUCAUUACCCUUAACGGCCGACUUGGCAGGCCAAUGCCCAUCACACUCGAGGAAUUCGACAUUGAGUUCCCAAUCGCUAUUGAUGACGAGUAUCUCGGAGAAGAUGGCAUCUUGGACCCAUCCAAGAUUGGUCAUUGCUGCUAUCAAAUUGGGCUCGCCGGCUUCAAGGCUGUUCCUUUGUAUAUGGAGAUGUAUUCUAGCAUCUACAGCGUGAGGCGAGAUCCCAAGAAAUAUGUCGAUACUGUCGCCGAACUUGAGGCUGGAAUGCGCAAGCUAACGAAUGAACUACCCGACUGUCUGCGAGUGGAAAAGUGUCAGCCGACCGACUUGGUGUUUGCACUGUAUACCCAGGCCAUCAGUCUCGAGUUUAAGCUUUGUCUUAGACAUCCGUCGGUUUGUCUAGAAAAGGACCCCAAGUUCUGUGCUGAGAACACAAGGAUAUGCGAGCAGACAGCUCGGAAGCUAUUGAAGGUGGUAGGGGAGCUGUUGAAACUCAAGUCUCUGGACACAACAUGGUACCAGUUGUCGGUAUACGUCGCCUCAACUUUGACGAUUCUCGUCGCAAACUGGGAAAGGAGACAUGAAAUCACACAUAUGGAGAUGGCCACGUUAAGGGCAGAUAUGGUCUUGGGCCUCGAAAUUAUCAGCGAGAUUGGUCGACUAACAGGUACCGGAAACCGUCUAGCAACAACCCUGGACACGAUUAUCAAGCAGACCAUCACCCGCAUCGAACGCGACAUGAGCCGUAAGGAUGGACUGUCAGUCGACCAGACCAUAGCCAAACAACAAUCAGCAUCACCAUUCCAGCAGCAGCCUCUCUUACCAUUCAAGCAACCACUCAACAGCAACGGUAUUGCGUCCAGUCACUCGGUCACACCCAAUGACCACCGCAGCAGCGUCAGCACAAACGGAACCGGGUACUACGAUGGCUCAGCAACCCCCUACCAAACCAUGUCUGUGAAUGAAAACAGCGCCGACGCCCACCAAACCAGCAACGGCGUUAGCCUAGCAGCCUACGACCCCUCCGGCGGCAGUGUGCAAUACCUCUACGCAACAGCCACCCCAACCUCAUCAACAGCACCCCCUCAAACCGUUGCCGCAGUAAUGGACCAAACCUCUUCCGCCAUCAACCCUCUAAUAGCUUUCGCUUCUCAAGCCACCCAGCACGUUUCUACAACAGGCCAACCGGGUACCGGAGCCGAAGAAUGGCGACCACAGGUUCACCCGCAGUUUGCCGUAGCAUCAGUCGCUUCCAAUGCACCCAACAAUAAUGCAUGGCAUGACUGGGCGGCCGCCAUGGCUGAUUCCCAAGAGCGGUACAGCGCUAAUGCGCUACUAACUCUGGGGUCAACCAGGCCGGGUGACGUGUCGGGGGCCGGAAUGGUCGACCAUUCGCAUGCGCAUGUUAAUGGCGGAGCUGGCCACGGACCGGGAGACGGAGCUGAUGGGCUGGGAGUGUCGGCGGCGGAGUCAGCUGUGGUUGGAGCCGGGGGUGGACAGUGGCCGCUGCUGUUGUUCUCGGAUGUUAUUGGGAAUGGGAAUGCCUCGUAG